GCUCCCGUCGUCCACUUGUCGGUCGCCCGUCAACUGGAUACCACAGAUCACUCCGCGGGCGAUGAAUGGCCCCAUUUUCCCUCUAGGUAGCGCCAGGCUGGCCACUGCAGUGGGCCAGAUUGACCGUCUUCAAUAUUGAGCUGCCCUUCGUUCGUUGAUCGAUUCAACCACUUCUGUUCUGAAUACCGCUGCAACUGUGGAUACGUGGCUGUUGGACUUCCAACAAGAUCAGGCAAAUAACUAAAUACUUAGCGAUCCGACGUCGGCCUGCGUCAAGGUUGCUCGAUACUUACUGCUAACUGAAGCAACUAUGGGGAUCCAGAAGCAGCCACUGCUAGCCAUGGAUUCGACAUGAGCACAGUCGAGGGGUUCUCGUCCAUAGCGCAGUGCUUUGCGUCUGAUAUGGACAACGAAACUCUCAUCUUCAGGAAGUUCGACGAGCUUGGCAUACACAAUCUGCUAUACUUACAAUGCGAGAUGAUGGAGCUUGAAGCCCGGCUCAAAGACCUUGAUCGAGACGCCGCUAAGGAUCCGUCGCUGUCGGGCGUGUUCCGGUGGUGGGAGGCGCUCGUGAAGGAGGUAGCGAGGGGCAAGGAUUGUCGUCCGGAAGUAAAGCAGAGAAUGGACCUAAUUCACGAUUUACGGAGAGUGACGAAAAAAGAGUAUCAUGAAGCACUGGUGCUACAGAGUCAGGUAGCGAGCCUUAGACGCCCAGAGAAAAGGGUUCUAGAUGUUUGCCGAUAUAUGAUGACGCAUCACUUCGGCGACGGGAGCGUCUUCAACAAACUUGAUGGAAAAGCGGCCGGCUUCCUCGAUGACGAAAAGGACUUAGUGACCCUAAAACCUGCGGCGGAGACGGAUGCUCUCUCGCAGUUCCUGAGACAGCAUUGGGUGCAGAGUGUACCUAAAGCAGCCGAAAGUUUCCCGUCGGUUGGACGCUUCGAAGAGCGUAUUAUUGCCAAGGCCGUCAAUGCCACCACCAUUCUUGUCGCAGCAGUGUUCCUAAUCGGCUCCAUGAUUGGCUUUUAUUUCGUAAAGCACGAAGUGACAAAGUUAGUCAUGAUAGCUGUUUUCACUAUCGCCUUCGCAACCAGCAUCGGCCUGAUCACGACGGCCCGACGGGUUGAGAUCUUUGCAUCAACAGCAGCGUACGCGGCGGUGCUCGUGGUGUUUGUGAGCAGUGACUUAGCAAGGUCGGCGAGUUCAACGUGUGAGGCGUGCAUACGACCUACUGGUCCGGUGGGUUGAAGGUGAAUUAGGAACUACUCGCCCCGACAACUCAGCGGCAAAUCUACGUCUGGAAGAUUAAGAGGAGACGCCGGCUCCAAUGUGCCAAGGCCUAAGCGGCUGCAUGAUAGCUGACGAGGAGCCAAGAGCCAUUCCACAGGGGGAAGAUUCCAACCCGUACUCCAGUUGUGGGAUCUGGUCAUCCACUGAGCAUCGGGACUCGACCAAUGGCAAAUUCCUCGCUCAACGACCGCCGCGCCAGCCUUAGUACUUCAUGGAGGGAAGGCGAUUUGAUCGAAUGGGCUGGCACGGCGCUCUGAAGUUUGGGGAUAAAGGUUCAUACCUUCGAGCCUCUGAUGGACGGGGACGCCAAGUUGAAAAGCAGGACUGGGACGGCUAUUAUGCAGCCUUAAUGGACGGGUAAACGGUUCCGUGCAAGUCUCGCACAACCGCCUUUAAGAUACUUGUUCAGAGCUGUAGCAACACAGUCCAGGAGAUCGUGCCAGUGGUCUUACCUAUC